AUGGAGAAGGAAGGUGGACUGCUCGAAGCUGGGGUUGUGAACCAGACACUGCCUUUGGAAGAGGAGAUGGAGGAAGCGUCAAGAAGGAGCGCGCUGGCCGUUUUGGAUACUAAGGAAACUGUUCAAGCAGAAUCCUAUGAGAGACCCUUCAGGGUCGCUUUGGAGGAAGUUGUGGUGGAGAAGCAGCCUAAAGUGGUUGAGGAGAAGAAGAUCAAAGAGAAGAGGGUUGAAGAAGAUGAGCAAGCCCAUCCAAUCAAGAAGAAAGAAAGGAGUGAAAGAAGGGAACGUAGGCAGAAGAAGGGAUGCCUGAAGAAGGAGGAAGAUAGAAGAAAGAGGGCUGAGAGCCCAGAACGGGACGGAGAAUCCACCUCCGUAAGAGGAGAGAAGGGGGAGUCAGCAAAAUCGAGAGAAUCAGCACUACCCGAGGAGGAAACAACGAAAAUAAGAUUGGUUGCGACUGAUGAUGGAGAAGAUGCAGACAUCACCCUCAUGACGCGGCGUCAUAGGGAGAAUGCGCCGCAAGGGUCAAUAGUCGACCCACCAAUUGUGCAAGAUACGUUAGAAGAGAAGGAGAGGAGAAGAAAAGAGGAGGAAGAAAAGUAA